GUACGUUUUGACGCGCGUUAAUUUCGGCAUCCACCUGACGCCUAUACUUGCACUAUUCCGAACGUCACAUCAAACAGUUGAAGCGCGAAAGUCAUUGCUCGUGCUGAAUGACGUCACCAAUCGACGAUUGCGGAUUGCUCGCGCGCGCACACGCACAGAUAGAAUGAGGAGAAGCUGUACAAUUGCAAGGAGAAUGUUUGGACCUGCCGGAGAUGAUAAGAAUCUUGUACUUACCAUGUAAGCGACUUCAAAGGCCGAACGACGUUUUCAUAGGGAGUACCUUGGUCUUGGCGAAUCGCUUGGACGCCGGAAGACGUGAAGCAUGGAGAGUCGCAAGAGCGGCACGAAGACGCUCUACAUGAUGACCCUGCUGUCGGGGUUGCUGGAGUGUAUGUUCUUUGCCGGCAUCGUCUUCGGUUUUGCCUCCUUGGUGUUUGUGUUGAAGGAGGAAGGAUACUUCGCUCAUCGCUGUACCGGUUCUCCGGGUACCAACCGGACAGACACUGUUCAAGACUGCGGUGGUCAGGAUGAGAAGUUCGCUCUGGUCUUCACCAUCGCAUCCUUCCUCAACAAUUUCAUGGUCCUGUUUAGCGGCAUCGUCUUUGAUCGUUUUGGCACCCUGGUCACCAGACUUCUGGCAAUAAGUAUUUACAGCAUUGGGACUGUUCUAGUGGCCUUUUCUAAUGCAACACUUUCAGUCCUGCUGUUUCCUGCGCUGUCCUGCAUCGCCGUGGGAGGACUGAUGCUCCUGAUGACAAACAUGCAGGUUGGCAACCUGUUUGUGGCUCAUCGCUCCACCAUCAUCACCCUCUACUGCGGCGCCUUCGACUCCUCCGCGGUGGUGUUUUUCAUCAUCAAGGUUCUGCACCAACAAGGCAUCACCAUGCACCGCUCCUUCCUCUUUCUGUCCUUCUGCUCCAUCCUACACAUCCUGCGCACCGUCUUCCUGCUGCCCCACACACGCAUCCCCUACCCCGUGCCGCCGCGCUACACCUACGGGCUGAAGUUGGGAAUAACCAAGCACUGCGUGGAGCAGAGGGUGAGGGAUGAAAUGCCAAUGUCCAAUUUGCCAACCGGCACGCCUGAGGAUGAGACGGCGGUGAAAGAGCAUGGAAAAGGAGAUUUAGUGAAGAGUUUCCAGAGCUGCGUGCAGUCCUGGUUCUUCGUGUGGAACCUGUUGUGGUUGUCCAUCGUACAGCUGAGACACUAUAUCUUCAUCAGCACCCUCAACCCCAAGCUGGUCCGACUGGCCAACAACGACCAUGCCCUGGUGAGUCAGUACACCAACGCCUUCGCCAUCACUCAGCUGUGUGGGAUGCUGUGUUCCCCCUGGAAUGGGCUCUUGCUGGACAGACACAAGGGAAAGCCUCUCUCACCUGGAGAAACGGAGCAGGAGGCGGACCUGCGCUCCUCCGUCCUGUCGCUGUUCCUGACCUCCCUGCAGUGUCUUCUCUUCUCCUUGUGCGCCUCCAUUCCUUCUUUGCCCGCGCAGUUCUUAACCUUUGCUUUGGAAGUCAUUAAUCGCUCCUUCAUCUACGGGGGAAAUGCAGCCUUCGUUAGCAUGGUCUUUCCGGCGUGUCACUUUGGGAAGCUGUACGGCCUCACCAUGUGUUUGUCUGCCGUGUUCUCCCUGCUUCAGUAUCCCUGCUUUGCUCUGUUCAAAGAAGCUCUGGAUGGGGACAGUAUUUAUGCGGACAUGACCCUGUGUCUGAUCACGACGCUGACGUUUAUCCAUCCACUGUACGUCUUCAUGCACUGCUGGAAAUUAGCCCAGGCCAGGAAGAACAGGCAGCCUGUGACAUUGUAACGACGGCUAGCAAAUGUGAGGAUUGAUGCUUACGAUAUCACAUUUCAAAAGCCAUUCUCAAAUAAAAACUAUCCAUACUUCCAAUACGUUCCAAUACGUCACAGCAGACUCGAUGCUGAAUGCUUAUGAAUGCCGAAGGGGUCUGUGCGCUGUUCUUCCAGACCAGGUCAGGCCAAUAAGAUGGCGGAAAGGCCUGCAAGACAACCACAGUAAUUAAA